UUCAUUGUAUAUAACCUAAGAUUGUUUCAGCACUAUCGGGUUGAUUUGUACUAUUUUACCACUAUGUAGAGUAAGGCAUAUUAACGGCGCUAAGUAUUUCAGACAUUACGUCCCCUUGAACAAAAUCACAUUAGCUUCAUCGAGCUGUAUGUGUAUGAAAUACAUACAAAAUAUAGAUAAUACUUUGCAUGCAUAGGAUUCGUAUGGCAUAAGUGAACUUUUGGAAAGCUGGUCAUUCCAAGGCGGAGCACCCCAGCGCCUGUUCGCGCAUCAAUGAUCCUGCGGCUACUAGCGCAACUCGCCAAAACUAGACCAUAGCAACGCGCGCGGCGGGAACGCGCCUCGGGUCUAGCGGCAGUUAGCUGUUACGCGGAUAGUUAGCUGUCUAAAUAAAACCAAUGGCUCUAUUAACAUAACACCAGCUCAGUUAACGGCGAUUAAAUGCUUCGAAAAUGCGUGUAGUAUAGUUUACGCUGUGUCGACGGUUACCUUCGCACAUGAUUGAUGUGCAGUAUACCUGCUGCCAUACGAAUUUAAGCUGUGAUAGUUGGAGGCGGCAGCUAGGUAGCUGCGCUUUCCAAGCAGACGGGAAGAAGAUACAAACAUUCACGCAAAAUGACUACAUAACAACUAAAAAGUUCGUUUAACAGCGAGACUGUGUACUAAGCCAGCUGGAGUGUUGUAUCUACUUUCCUGACUUCUUGUGUGGUCAAAUGUGCCCUAACUGGCUAACUUUUAUAGCUUUGGAUAGUCUGUGAAAUGGAAUGAAAGGAAAUACGUUCAGACUGAUUUCAGGUUAAUUAAGCGCAGAGUGUUACGGAGCGCCAGCAACGCUGGACAUGGCUGUAUAAGAAGCUGUCGGCUAUCUUUAUGAGGGGCGAUACCAGGAGGGGACCUCCGCCGGUCUCUUGCGGCGGCGCUGGAAGCGGCUACGCGCCGAGAGGCGUACGCCGAGCGGGUGGUGCCCGUGAGACGGCACCCCGGAGGAUGGAGUACAGAGUCGGCUAUACCUGGAACAGGGGAGGGAGGCUGAAGGAGCUCAGAAUAAGACAUCUGGCACGAAAGUUCUGGUACCUGUGGAUCUGGAAGACGUUUGGCCGGGUACAUCCAUCCAGAGCUAGGUGUCAUCGCCGAAGAGCCGUCCUGCAGAAAGCUCUGGACGGAUGGAAGGAGGACUGGUGGGUCAGCAGAAGGGAGUGGUCACUGUCUGUGCGUGCGGACUGUCAUUACAGGUACCAUCUGUAUAACCAGGCCUUUUCUGGUUGGCAGGAGUUUGUACGUAUGAGGGAAAGGAAGAGAAGAAUGUUGAAAAAAGCGGAAAGUUACGCUGAGGGACAGACCCUGGCCAAGGCUUGGGAGAGCUGGCAGCUGUACUUGGAGGUGCGGAGGAUCAAAUUACGGAUGCAGGAGAAAGCGAUGCAGCAACGAGAGCAUGGAGUCCUGCGAUCUGCAUGGAGCCGGUGGAGGAGCCGCCUGCAGCUACGGCAAGAUCAAGUCCUCAUGGAAGAGGCAGCCCUCCAGCACUGGGCUCUGGCCCUGCAGAGUCGGGUGUGGCUGCAAUGGAAGGUGGUCUACCUGCACGCCAUCAGCCAAAGAAAUCGAGAGACUAGAGCUGCCCAGCAUUACAGCCGUGGGCUGAAGAGAUUUGCACUUCAGUCUUGGGCCAGAUACCUACACUGCCGUCAAGUCAAGAAGAAGCGACAGGUUGAAGCCAAACGUUUGUGGCAGCUGAAGGUGCUGUCCCGAUGCUGGUAUACGUGGCAGGAUGCCGCCUGGCACGGGCAGCAGCAGAGGGACAGGUGGCAGGUGGUGGCCACGUUGGCACAGCGCAACACGCAACGCCGCGCACUGGCUCACUGGACAGCCUACAUGGAGCUGCAUCAGGAGCAGAAGGAGAGGGAACAGAUUGCGAUCGAACACGACGGCAGGCGGCUGUUGCACUUCGGAUUCCGGCUGCUGGCCCGGAACGUACGCGAGAGCAAGGCCUGGCGGGUCAACCAGAUUCUAGCCCUUCAGCAACACCAGCACAGCUUGACCGUCCAGUUUUGGAAACGCUGGCAGCAGCGUUAUGAGGAAGCAGAGGAUGGAAAGCUGCUGGCGAAAAGGGAGACGGCCCGCAGACAUUACAGCACGGUGCUGCUGAAGUUCUCCUUUCGGCGCUGGACAGAGUACGUGACGGAACGCAGGCUGGCGCAGGAGAUGGAGCAGAGAGCCCAGGCCUGCUUUGUGAGACGGGUUCUGCCUCGGUGUCUUGGAGCCUGGGCAGAGUUCACUGCUAGGCGAAGGUUAACCAGAGAACAGAAGGAGGUGGCACAAGUCUACAGUCAGCAGCGAACCUAUAGCUGGGUGUUUUACACCUGGUGGGAGCGUUCAGUGGAUCAGAGGGAACAUCGACUGGCAGAGAGGAUGGCCAUUCUACAGGCGGAGCAGUCGGCGCUGAGGCGGGCCUGGGAGCAUUGGCGACGCAGAGCGGAAGAGGACCGUCUGCAGCAGGAGAAGCAGGCGUCCGCAGGACGGCUGUACCUGCACUCGCUGGCUCGCAGCACCCUGAGGGAGUGGAGGGUCAACGCCACCUUAAUGCGAACUGAGAGAGAGAGAAUGAAUCAGGCGUUGAGACAUUAUCAAAUGUUCUGUGUUAGACGGGCCUUACACCGCUGGAAAAAGUAUGUCCAGUGCAGGAAAUCGAAGGCUAAGCAGGUGGAGUGGGUCCGUGACCAGUACACCAGCAGGCUGCUGACAGGCGCUCUGGAAGGGUGGAAGGGUUACCACCGACAAAGACAAGCUGUGCACCACGCAGCGGAGGAGCUAGAGAAAGGACAGCGCCAAGUCCUGCUCAGGGAAGUGCUCAGCGUGUGGAGGGGAAACGCAGUCCAGCUGGCGGCAGAGAGGAUUAAGUGCGAGGAAGCCAGUCAGCACUACCAGCACUGUCUUCUGUCGAAGUCCUUUCAGGCAUGGAGACAGACCACUGAGCGUUUGCUGCUGUGCCGCCAGCAGCGGCACGAGAUGGUGAGAAGAUCCCAGGCUCGUAUUCAGCGAGUACUCCUGCGGCAGGUUUUUAAGCGAUGGAGGGAGAAGAGUAGGGCGCUGGUGGAGGAGAGGACUGGCAUGGAAAAGGCCGGCCGGCAUCACCGGGCAGUCCUGCUAGGACGUGCCCUGCAGGCCUGGAAGCUGUACCAUCACAGGCAGCAGCGUCUGUGGGUUUUAAAGACACAGGCCACCCGCUUGCUGACUCACAGGACCUGCCUGCGAUACUUGACAUGCUGGAAAACACAGCUGCAGCUCAGACAGAAAGAGGAGGAGCUUACUGAGGUGGCGCUCUGGCAUUGGUCUCUCAGCCUACAGGCCAAGGUGCUGGAUAUCUGGAAAGACUGGGUCAGAGAGCAGCACCGAAAGCGGCAGCGACUAGCCCAGGCGAUUCAUUUCUACCGGGAUGGGCUGCUGAGGGAGGGGGCGGCGCGCGUCCUUACCUACACCGCGGACAUGGGCUCCUUCCGGGCCAGCUUGUCGCAGCAUACCCAGGAGCAGGUGGGCGCCAGGUUACCGUUACAGAGCUCCCGGAGACUGCAGCAGGUAGUGUGGCGCUGUGCCAUGCGCUGGAAGCAGCGAGCCCUGUGCCAGGCGGGCAGAGCAGCGAAAGGCCCAUGCAGGAAAAGGGUCUCUUUCAGCCUCCCUGUGCCGCCGGCCGGUAAGACCAGCAUCCCCUGGAGCCGCGAGGCUGAAGGAGGAGCCGGAGAAGAGCACACAGCAAGUCAGAUGCUGGCGGCAAGGGCUGCACGUCUGCAGCCGCGCCGAUCCGAGCAUCUGCUGUACUCUCUGGACACAGAGCCAGCGCACAGUGCUGCACAGAACAGCACGCAGUGUCUGGUGUUACCUGCUGAGCCUUCGCCCGUCACUCCAGGAAAAGGACUUUGCCCCAGUGGCCCUGUGAAUUUCCAAGACCUAAUUCUGAAAGGGCCCAGCCACACUGGGCCACUAGGUUUCCGGAAGGAACCCAUUAGCGAGGAACCGCUGCUGCCCCCUUCCUGCUUCAUGACCUUCCCCAAACCCCAGCACGAGCUCCCAGGGUCAGAGGUCAAGUGUGGCGGCCAAUCGGACGUGCUGCUGUCCCCUGAUAAGUUCACCACCGUGGAUUGUGGGAGAUCUGAUGAUGAGGAGGAGGAAGAAGAGGAAGAUCAGCUGAGUAGUGGGAUGUGCACUAUCGACCCCACCACUGCACUCACUGAAGAGCUGCUCAGCAUUCGACAGGAUAUGCUGCGUUAUCAGGACAAGAAGAAGCAGCUGCAGGCCUGGCGCAGACUGGCAGAGGUGUUGCGAAGCUGGCUGCAGACCAGUGCCAGUGAUGGUGAGGAGAGUGGAGACACCAGGCAGGAGCUGGAGGAGCUGGAGGCCAGGAUUAAAAGGCUGGCAGGGCAGCUAGAAGACGAGAAGGCCAGCAUGCAGUGUCACGCCAGCAGGAUUCGUCACACCACCAGCAUGCUGCAGGAGUUACGCCUCGGUUCGGCGGAAAGGACAGCGCGUGGCCCAAAGUGAGGACGGGAUCCUCGAGACUGAGGCUUGCAGGAGAAGACUGCAGGUUCUGCCAUUCUGACUGGAUACAGAAUGAGAAUCCAUCAUGGAGCCAAAGCUUUUACGCACCAAAAAAAAUAUAUAUAAUAAUGUGAAAGGUUUAUAUUUUUUUCAUUGUAGUUAUUGUCGUUUUGCUAGUUAUGACAUUCUGUGAAUUAUCUUUUUUGUAAUAACUUACCAGAUGGGUAUUGACUUUAUUCCCCAAUACAGAACACGGGCUGAAAUGCCCUCUGUUUUACAUCUGUUUUGAGACUUUGUUUCACUGUUAAAUUCAUGACAGUUUAGUUAUGCUGGAAUAAUGUCAUGUACAAAAUAUUUUUGUGACUUUUUAAAACAAACGAAAAGGAAAACUGAGCAGGAUGCAGUUUAUUGAAUGAUUAAAAACACUGGUGUUACUUGUA